GGCACUUUGGAUGGAAACUGUUUCUUGUGAAGUGUGAAGACCGGCGACGAAGCGCUCAUUCCGACUUUCGCGUUUCUCCGCUUCCGAGCGCCUUUGUUCUACUGCAUUUCCUUGGCUCCACAUGUGCUGCUGACAAGCUACGAAUCGUGCAUUUUGGGGAUGAAACUUCACAAUGUAUGAUAUGAAGAAACGAGAGUUAACUAAGUAGAUUCGACAUCUCAAAACGUUAUUAACAAAAGACAAUAAGUGAUUUAACUUGUUUCUUUGUUUUUGUGAUAAUUUUGGAUAUGAGUUCAUUUCAUUACAAGUGAAUUAUUUUUCUUCAAGAUAAAAAUUAUGUCAUUCUAUUUAUUCAUUUUCUCUUUCAAAUAAGAUAUCACUAAUCACUUUCGGAACUAUAAAAUGUGCAGAUAUUAAAUAAAAAGAUGGAUCAUGUUUCAUAAUAUGUCCAUUAAAUGUACGAAAGAUAAGAAAUGAUUUUUCAUUACCAAGCAUCUGUUAAGAUAAAAAAUACGAUGCAUGCAGGAAAUUGUCAUUUUUUUAUUAUCUGAAUUUGAACUGGUUUGAACUACGAAUUAAGUGGCUCUUACGAAAUUGCAUAUCAUUUUUCAAAGAUUUUUUUUCUUUACAUGAAGAAAUGCUAAUCUAUUUGUGCAGCAUAUUUAUUCCACCACUGCAUUUGUUUCCACUUUUCAACAUUUCAGACGAAUUAUAAACAAAUUAGUGAAAAAAUUAUUGAAUCUGACAAUUUUGAAUUAACGCAAUUAACGGUGAUUGUGACAUUUUCUUUGCAGUAAAUUUUCCAGAACUUCAAGGUUUUUGUACUCUGCACCAAAACAUUCUGGAUUAUUUGACGAGCUUAAAUAAAAUUAAAUGCAAGAAAAUAUUUUUCUUUAGAUAUAUUGCACUCUCAUAUCCACACGAUAAAAUGUAAUAUUCAAUUCUUCAUUUCAAAUAGUUUGAAGAAGCAAAAACUGAAAAUUACCGCAUUUUAUUAACCAAUAGACUGUUUGCAGAUUUCAAGUAGAAGUUCGAAUUUCAUCUGUUUUAAAUGCUUUUUUCCUGUACUAAUUGUUGUUGUAGAGACAAAUAAAGACAAUUGCAAGCAAUCUGAAUAACAAAACAUCUCGGAUGUCACGUUUUUCUGUUCUCAUCAAGAUCAUUACAAGUCUGAAGUUUUUACCUUGUUUGAAAGUAAAACCGGAAGAUGCCAUCAGUGCCAACGUUUUCUAAGAAACAUGUGUCUGUGCAACGUUAUUUGAGAUAAAAUAUCAGUGUUCUAAUGCCUUCUACUGAGCAGUUUGCAAGGUGUUAUCUAAGCGCGACAGUAUGAUCAUAAAUUUUGAUCUUCCUCCUCUUAUCUAAAGCAAACAUUUAAUUCCUUUCGUAAGGCUGCAAAUUGCAGUUCUUGCUGUCGAUUAUUUCAGUCAAAAGUUGCCUGUGUGUUCGAAACAACUUAGAAGUGAUACUGAAUAAUUCUCGAUAACUGACGUUUUUUUAUACUGCAUCUGAUCUCAAGUUGGUGGACUAUCAAUAACAAUUGAUCUACUGCGGCAUUUCAUAAGAAGCAUUGCGAUGUGAAAGAGUGGGAAGUAUACUUUACUUACAGAAUUAAUAUAAUAUUUGUAAUUAUGACUAAGUCAUGGAAUCGAUGAAAGAAAUAUUUCAAUAAAGCAAAAAUGGAGAAACUUUUUGAUUUGAAUGAUACUUUGGAUUUUGACGACUAUUCUUUGCUGUUCAAUGAAUCGUCUAUUUCCGUUGAAGAACUAGACUGCAUGCUGCGUCACUACAACAAGACAUUUUCUGAAGAAGAUGAUUUCUGCAACACGACGUGGGAUGGACUAUCCUGCUGGCCUGCAACUCGGGCAGGAACGACAGUCAUCAUCAAGUGCAUGGAGUUCCUCAACCGAGUGCCCUAUGAUACCACUCAAAAUGCCACUCGGGAAUGUCAUGCCAACGGCACUUGGGCGGCACGCUCCGAUUACUCUGAAUGCCGACCGCUGGACCAAAAGGACGAAUCUUUUGAGGUGUUAUGGGAUGUGAAAGAUGCUCACACCAUAUAUUCCAUUGGAUAUGGGCUCUCCUUGAUAGCUCUAGCAAUUGCACUAUGGAUUUUCAUGUACUUCAGUGAUCUUCGAUGUUUGCGGAACACCAUUCAUACAAAUCUUCUCGUCACAUAUCUCUUCAUCGACCUGACAUGGAUAAUUACAGCCGCCCUGCAGACCAGUACAUCACAAGAAGCAAAUAAGGUGGCUUGCUUCCUCGUCAUUCUCUUAACUUAUCUGAUGGGCACAAAUUUUUUCUGGAUGUUUGUGGAAGGUCUGUACCUCUACAUAUUGGUGGUAAAGACAUUUUCAGUUGAGACAGUAAAGCUACAUGUAUAUGCUGGCAUUGGUUGGGGUCUCCCUGCUGCUAUGGUCAUCCCAUGGGCGAUUGUGAAAUCUCAAUUUUCUCACAUAGAACGCAGCGAUCAGCACACAAGAGCAUUUUCUGUGAACGAGUGCCCUUGGCAGAAUAAGGACCAUUUUGAUUACAUUUUCAUUUGUCCAGUGAUUUUAGUUUUAAUGAUCAACAUCUACUUUCUUGGCAGGAUCAUGUGGGUUCUCAUCACGAAACUUAGGGCAGCAACGAGCGUGGAGUCGAAGCAAUACAGGAACCAGAUAAAAUCCAACAGACACAACGUCUCGAAUUAUUAUAUGACGAAAGCGGCCAAAGCUUUGCUGGUGCUGAUUCCUCUUCUCGGCGUCACGUAUGUCGUAGUCAUCGUCACGCCCGCUCACAGGACGGCCAGGGUUGUCUUCUCCUAUGCUCAAGCAAUUCUCCUCUCCACACAGGGUUUCACUGUUGCUGUGUUGUAUUGUUUCAUGAACGGUGAAGUUCAGAAAUCUGUUCGUCAUCACUUGGAACAAUGGAAAGAUCAGAGAGGCUUGGGAGGUGGCCGACGUCAAUUGCGAUGCGAAGGUUCCAGCACUGCUGAUGGAUUUCGGCUGUACCCUAACAGAGGCGUCAGGGACAGGACAAGUUGCAUCAGUUUGUCGACUAGCGGGACCUGGCUAAGCACUUACAAAAGUCCCCAAACAACAUCGACAAGACCAAGCAAUGGAUCGUACAGCCCUGUACCAGUGAAGGAAGAUGCUAUCUGAACAAAUCAUGUAUAGCAAAUUGAAACAGAUCAUAAAAUCACAUUAUGUGUGGUUUUCCAAAUAACGUUACAGAUAUUCUUCUAAACAACGGAAGUUUAGAAGACUACGAUAGCUUUUCGGCGAUCAUCUUACUGAUUUACUGAAAUUGCGAGGAAUCAUUCUUUGCAAAUGGCAUGACACAUGAAUCUAAGAGCAUAUUCGGAAUCUUACUUUGCUCUAUAUUCAACCUGUGUGUUACAAUGUGUGUCUGUUUUAUUAUUGUAGGAUUCUAAUAUUUCAAUGUGUGUGAUAGAUUAUCCAUGUGUUCGAAUAUUACCACAGUCAUAUUUCUAAACCAACUGCAGAAACAAUUCUAGAUUCUGAAUUCAGUGUUAUCUGAAAUAACUGAGAAAUGCUCGCUGUUUUGUGAAUCCCUCUUUUUGAGAAAGGAAUUCCAUGCGUUUUGGAACUACCGAAAUACUAUGUGUUAAAUGAACUUUCUAUAUUUCCUUUUUUCAUGUGUGUGUGUUUAUGUGUAGAAAAGCUGUGUUAAAAACAAUGUGCAUAUCUGCUAUCCGAAUUAAUAUUCAUUAUUUAUGACUUCAUGAAUGUUAUAACUGAACGGCGUUAUUUUCAACUCCGUUUCACGAAUUAUUCACUAUUUAUUUACAAAAUGAUUCGUAAAUGAAAAUAUGGCUUAACCUUGAAAUUUUAGCUAUUACAUGUAUUCAAUGUUUGCCAUUUAUUUUUUAAAUUAAUAAUAACCAAAAGCAUUCGAUCAACCAAAUUUUGAAUAAUUCAAACAAAUCAUGGAACGUUAUCUAUAGAAAAUAUCUGAUCAUUUAUCUUUUUCCUGUAUAUCAUUGCAAAAUCCAUCGUUUCCCACGUUUACUAUAAUUAUCUCUGUUAUUGUGAAAACCUGUAAACUUAUAUGGUAUAUUAGUAAAGUGACAGAAAUUUUCUACCGGAUAUUUUGAAAAAAAGUGUUUAAAAUUUUUCUGUAUAUUUUCUUUGGCUUAAUUUGGUUAAAGAAAUUUAUUUCAGUAUCAAUGAUAUCAUACCAUGGAAAUUGUUUGCAGUCAAAUAUCUUUUUAUCAUAGCAAACACGAUAUUGCUUCCGCUUACAAAUUAAUGUAUGCAAAUACGUAGAAUUAGAGAAUCAACUUCUGUAAAAAGUUACCGAUUCAUUUGAUAGAUGUUUGCAUAUUGAAGUUCAUAGCAUUGCGAUAAUUUAGCAACUUUAUUUCAGUGUUUUUACAUUCUAUUGGCAAAGCCUUAUUUUCUGUGUUGUUAUUAAAUAUGAAUUAGUUUUAAUUCAAUCGUCCUAGAAUACAGAUAGUUAACUUUAUUGAAGUAGAUAUGCAAGCCAUUCAUUUUUUUACAUAAUUAAAUUAAAUUUGUCAAUAAUUUAACGCACAUCUAAAGCAUUCGAUUGCAAAUGUUCAACAGCACAAUUAAACUUUAGAUGUAUCUUUUGAAGUCUUCAUAAUACAUAUACUGAUAUACUGAUCUCGAAAAUGCUUAUUUUGCUGUAAUCAUAGAAUUAAAACAAGGUAUUAUAUUACUAAAAAUAAUAUUUUUCACUGAUGACAGUAAAUCGUAAAAUGAAUUUAAUCAUUCAUUCUGACUUCAAUGCAGGUCAAAUAAUAAUUUUCCGCUGCGUAGAUGUUUAAUACGUUUUUCAAUUUAUUCUGUCGUAGAGUAGCUGAAAACGAAUUAGCGCAUCCAUACUGUUUCAUUUGAUAUCAAACUGCUUCAAAAGUUUUUUUUUUUAUCUAUUGGUUGACUCAUGGUCGGUAAACUCUUCGGAUACAAUGACGGGUUUGACUCGCGCAUCGAAUUAUUAAAUUUUUAAUUUUAUAUCUGUAAUUAAGGGAAAGUAUCAAGAAUUUAAAUAAUAAAAACACUUAAAUAUGUUUCAAUGUCUUUUAUUAUUAUUUUAAUUCAGAAUAAAUGUGCCAAAUAGGAUGUGUUAUUUAAUUAGGAAGUGAACUAAAUUCACAGAUCAAGGUAUAAAGAAAGAAGAGCCAAGUUUUUCAAUCAGUUUAAUACAAUUUAAAAAUUUACUGGAUUGGCAAAAAAAUAAAAAAUUACAAAUUAUCCUAAACUGGAAGCAACAGAGAUUACAAAUUACUAAUGGUGCAUUACGAAUAAUAGUAAAAUGGAAAGAAACAAAUGUAUGUUAUAUAGGAGGAAAUAACUAGCGAACUUCUUGAACUUUCUUUUCUACAACUGUCCUUCUGUAAGUUCAAAUGCGAUUUUAAGUUACCAACGACAAUGAGGCCCCUCAGUUUAAAGCAAAUAGAAUUAAUAGUUGCAAAUAACUGAUCCCAUAACAAGUAAACAACAAAAAUGCCAAAAACAAAGUUUUUCUUCUUCUUCUAGUGAUUAGAUAUUGUGGUUUAGUAGAAAUUCCUAAUCACAUGUAAGAAGAAGAAUGAAAAAUUUUCAUUUAACACUCUUUAAAAAUUACAGGCAGUGUAAAAAUAUAUUUUUACAAAUAAAAAAUUAUAACAUGAAAACUAUUUUUAAUAAAUUUUAGUUUUACUUAAACUAAGAAAAAUGCAUGCACAAAUUGUGUUGAUAUUUGCGACAAUAAAACCUAGAAAUUCUUGAUCGUCGCACUUGGAACUGGUCUUUUUAUAAGUUUUGCAAAGGUAAUUUUUCCAAAAUAGCAUCAUCGAUUGAGCUAAGCACUUUAAAUUAAAUAUGGCUGAAAGUUAUUGGAUAUGCUGAAAAGUGAAAACUGAAACAACUUCUUCUGAAACAGAGAUCAGACGUUGCUUUCACCAGAAACACGUUUUGAUUCUACUUGCUGAAACUAAAAUCAAUAAGUUUCCUAGCGUCUCGAAAUUUCGAAGGUGCUGUGAAUGAAAUUAAAACUUGCAAAGUAAGUUAAUUCUUUAAAUAAUUUUUUAUAAUUCCUAUAUACUUUUUCUUUCAACUUUUUUUUUUUCGGAGGAACAACAUGCACUCGAAGAUUCCGUGUAACUGGCUAGAUGCAGUUGAAAUUUAAAUAUAUUCCUAAGAUAUGAUUCUUUAAUGGGCACGAACAAAUGCAAAAAAUAUGUUAAUAAAUUAUAAAUAAGUUCUGUAAUUUUACAGUAAUUUUAGGAACAUAUAACAAAGAAAAAUAAGGAUAUCAUGUCAAAAUGAAUAUACUUCAUUUUAAAUUAAUAAUUUUUUUUAAAUUAAUGAUUUGUGAUAGCGGCAAUAAAUGGCAUUAUUAUUCCCUUCCUUAUUAAGAAUGAUAAAGCUUUUUAUAUUUUUAGUAAUUUUUUAAAGUUAGCCCUAUGUAUUCAUUUAAAAAAUGUUAGAAAUUUUGAUAGAUAUUUUUUGUUUGAAAUUUGGCAAAGUGAAAUAGAUAGAAUAUUUAAUUAUCCUUUAAAAAGAUUUCGAAAGUUUGUAGCUUGUUAUGCAUAAGUUAUAACAGAAUUUAGAAAUAUAUUCAUUGCGUAACAAAGAUAAAUAGUGCUGCGACAAAAUUUGAUAAUCGAACCUCCGUAUUCGUUGAACUUCAGUAUUAAUGAUUAAAAAAAUCCCGAAAUUGCAUUUUAUAUAUUAAUGUUGUCACAAAAUCGAUUUCUUUUUCGUGAAGUAAAGAAAUAGGCAUAGUAAAAUCGAAUGUGAUAUUACUUCAUAAAAUCAAUGCACGCUUUAUAAAAUUGCUCCUGACAAAUUAACUUUCCAUUAAAAGUAUGAAGAUCUAAUGGAUCAUAAAAAAAGGUAACGCAACGUCUUUAUUAUUAUUAUUGCAUAAAAAAUAUAGACCUUUCAAGAAAGCGUACAUAAAAACAAGGGAAAAAAGGAUCAUUUCAUAGAAAUUAAUACAUAAUUAAAAAUUAUUAUUUUACCCAUACUGAUAUAAAAUAUACAGAUACCUUAUUAAAAAAAAUUUUUACAUAUCUAUUGGAUUAAAUGAGGUAAUAAGAAAAUGAUAUUCAAGAUGCUUAUGGAUAUUACUUUUUUUUAUUCUUUUUUUUUAGAUUUCGUUUAAAUAAUUCGUAUUAUGAAAUGAUUUUUUUUUCUUCAAAAAAUAUGUUUUUGUUUCAACUCAGCUUCAAAUAUUUUCAAGGUUAUUGUAUUUUAUUGCUCGUUAUUUGUCAUUAUUUAGGGAAAAGUUUGGAAUUGUAUAAUUAAAAGAUAAUGGAGAAGAGUUUUAGGUCUCUGGAAGUAAGACAUCAUGAUAUAGGUCAUAUUGUAUAUAUUUUGCAUUUGGAGACUGAGUUGUUUCAUUAAUUCUGGUACUCGGAACUCGUAGGGUUCUUGCUAUUUCCAUAAGGUACACGUGGUAUAAAGCAAUUCCUACCUCGCUGUCAUUAUGCCCGAAUCACUGCAGCCUAGUUGGUUUUUUGAGAUUCCAUCAAGCCAUGCUGCUAUUUGUUUGGAAAACGAAGAAAUUUUAAUGACCUAUCGUUUGUAAUUAUUCAUGCUACAAUUUAUCUUUCAUCAUAUGCUCGAUCAUGUACUCCGUGUAGUAAUAUUGUGUUGCAUCUAUUUCUCCGAAAUUGCAGAAAUUAUUAUUGAAGAAUUUGAACCUUUGGAGAUAAGCAGAGAAAAAACCAUGAUCGGAAAAGAAAACGCAUUAGUCUUAUUUUAAAAUAUCUUUUCUUAAAUUUACCUUUAUAGAAACAUUUUAUGGAAACCAAGUACUUGUACUCGUUAGCUACAUCUGUGUCCCAAACUGUUGUUUAUCAUAUGUCAUUAUUAUGCAUUUGUUCAAAGCGCCAUGUAUCAGCAACAGUUCCAGUUGUUACCUCAAAAUGCCGUAAUGCCAUACCUUGUUGGUUUUGAUAUAACGCAUUUCGAUAUAUCAUCGACGAUUUGUCCGACCUUAAUAUAUUUAGUAUAUUACACUCGUGCACUUGAUAUUAUUGCAGGAAAAUUUGGUGAAUUGCAUCAGCUUGAUCUCAUGGAUUCUGUCAUACUUUGAACAAUUUAUUUUUCAGGAUAGUAUUAAUGAGGAAAAUUGGAUUGAAGAAUAAGAUUGUCCUUCAAACCAAAUGAUGGCAACAUUUAGAUCUCAAAUAUAUAAUGUUACAGAAUGUGAAUACAAAAAAAAAAAAAUGACACGUUUAUUAAUUGGCUGUUGAGUACUUGAUCCGAUACUUGUGGUCUCUUUAUCAAUUUUAAUUUUAUAAACUAUUUUAUAAAUUCCAAAGAAAUGCUUUUAUUUUCCAUGGAAGAUGCUAGGGGACCAUAAAAAAGGAACUAUGGAAUCUUUGAGUCCCACGAACUGGAAUCUUAAGAUUCACUGUGAAAUGAGUAUUUGAUUGAAUAAAACUUUAAUAAAUUUUUUUGUAUAAAAUUUGCAUGACUUGUCAUAUGUCCUGUAUUUAUUAAAGCCUUCAAUCUUAUCUCAUACAUUAUUCAAUGUCUUUAACUGAUUUUUUUCCAUAUAUAUAUGUAAUGGUUAUAUAAAAUGUUUUGCAUGCAAAGAAACAACAACUUACUAUGUGUAUUUGUGCUUUGAUCUAUAUCCGUUAUAUGCUGAUCGUAUUCAAUUUCUAUUUCUU